AUCUUAAAGACGCUUUAGCAUUUGCUUUUGCCUAGUCUCUGGAAAACAUCUGAAUCAUUUUAACCAACUCCAGCUGUCGCCCUGGUGUGUGUGUGUGUGUGUGUGUGUGAGAGAGAGAGAGAGAAAGUGCGUGGCCGUCUCUGAAUGAGAGGAGACUCGAGCGAGGGUGACGUUUAGAUUUACACACAAAAAAAAGUUAGGAUAUUUUUUUCGUCAGUUUUAUGUCGGUAUGAACGCAGAUGCGUGCGUCUCAUACUGCGAUAUGACCUCCAUGGAUUCAUAUUAUCCCUCAUCGUCAGGGCAAGGAAGAGUCCAGCAGGCCAAUCCUUACAGGACGUUCCAGCCGAGCGACUCCAAAUACAGUCCCACUUUUCUGCCCGCCAAAGGUCAAGCUUACGGGGACAAGCCGAGGAGUCCCUUCCAGCAGGAGUGCCCUUCACUGGAGGAAAGCUCAGCCGAGAGCCCGUACAGCAAGUAUCAUCUGUUCAUGCAUAGACCCACAUGCAAAACUCCCACUGAAGACAGCAAACUACAGGACAUCUCGUGCUAUGGUAAAGAUGGCACUGGACUGACAGACACAGAGAUGCCUCAAUCUGAUGAUCCUACAGGAAUGGAUGGUAGUUACAUCAAUCUGAAAGACACCGGGGUCAAAGGUCAAGCAGAACGCCCUGAGCUCGGCAGUCCUCUAGACAAGUGUGAGGUUGAGAGCAAUAAAGGCAAGAAGAGACGGAACCGCACCACCUUCACGAGCUAUCAGCUGGAGGAGCUGGAGAAGGUUUUCCAGAAGACACACUACCCCGAUGUGUACGCCCGCGAACAGCUGGCCCUCAGGACGGACCUCACUGAGGCACGGGUGCAGGUGUGGUUUCAGAAUCGCCGGGCCAAAUGGAGAAAGAGAGAACGCUUUGGUCAGAUGCAGCAGGUUCGGACGCACUUCUCAACGGCAUAUGAGCUUCCUCUUCUUACACGACCAGAAAAUUAUGCACAGAUUCAGAACCCAUCUUGGCUAAGUGGCAGCAGUGCCGCCUCCCCAGUGCCUGGCUGUGUGGUUCCUUGUGAUUCUGUAUCUUCCUGCAUGAGCCCUCACCCUCACUCCGCUAGUGGCGUGACUGAUUUCCUCGGUAUGCCAAGCCCUGGUGGGAACAUGGGACAGACACACAUGGGCAGUCUUUUUGGCAACUCUGGAAUGGGCGUAACCAUGAAUGGUUUUGAUCUCAGCGUCGAACCAGAUCGCAAAUCCUCCAGCAUCGCCAGCUUGCGCAUGAAGGCGAAAGAGCACAGUGCCGCGAUCACAUGGGCCACAUGAUGCCUUCAUCUGGGACACAGAAGACCAGACAACCUCAGCCCUAAGCUGUCAGCACUAAUGAGGUGAAAGUAAUGCCAUCUGGAGCCAAUAUGAACAUGAGAAAUGGAGGCUCGAAGCUUUAAAACACUUGGAGAUUUCAUUUUGAAUUUUUGGAGGAAGUGGAUGUGCAGUGGGAGUUUGAAUGUGUGGAAACCG